UCCGGAAAUUUUUUGGAUGCAUAACAUAAUUACUAUCAUAGGUCCCUAUUUUCCAUUUGUCAGCGCCGUUAAUUCGCAUUGUUUAGUAGUAAUUUGAGCGUGGUUGCGCAUUGCCGUUGCGCGCCGUCCCGUGGGCAAUUCUGAUCAUACGUCGCUAAUUUCCAUUUUUCAGCGCCCUUAAGACUUUCAAUUACCUGAUUAUUAUUGGUGUUUCAGUUCGCAUUGUUCAGUAACAGUUGAGUGUGGUUGCGCAUUGCCGUUGCGCUAUGACCCGUGGGCAAUUCUGACGCCUCCAAUCCGCGGGCCGAUCAUUCGUUGUCGGCGUUGACUGAAGAUUGGUAUCAUCAGUCAACGUUGUCUGCGUCGCGGCGCGGACGGGUAACAUACCUUGGUUAGCGUAGCAACGGCAACGGUCCAACUAGCGGAAGACAGUGCUAACGUCAAAAGUAAACAAAAUAUAUUGACAAGAGUAAGAAAAACCGCUUCGCCGGUCGCACGCUUACUUCCAAAGAAUUUUACGCCGUGUACAGUUUAUUGUAAAACAUUUAUCGAACAAUAAGCCACAGAAAAUGCUGCUAUAUUACGUAGUUUUCAUUUUGUCUGUUGCGGGGCUGGGUCAGUCCAGCGACGAGGAUUGUAAGGGGUGCGUUCCCCUAGACGCUCAUUCUUUUGAUAAGGUAAUUUCCAAAUUCAAAGCAUCGUUAGUCAAGUUUGAUGUAGCUUUUCCAUAUGGUGAGAAGCACGAAGAAUUUGCAAAGGUUGCUGCAGCUACAAAAGAUUCUAUAGAUCUUCUAAUAGCUGAAGUUGGCGUAAAAGAUUAUGGAAAAAAGGAAAAUUCAGAUUUGGCUCAGCGCUAUGGUAUUACCAAGGAUGAUUAUCCGGCUGUACGACUAUUUCUGCAAGGAAAAACUGAGCCUAUUCCUUUUAUUCAGAAAACUGACUCCGAUUUUACGGCUGAAAAUUUGAAGAGAUUUAUCAGAGCGCAAUCAGAUGUGUACUUGGGGUUACCAGGAUGUGUGGAGCAGCUUGAUAGGCUUGCAGAAGAGUUUAAAACAAGCCAAGAUAAAGAACGACAGGAAAUAUUAGGCAAAGCCAAAAUAUUUGAAGAGACCUUACCUGAGGAACAUAGGAAAGCUGCUCAAGUUUACGUGAAGACCAUGGAAAGAAUACUUGAAAGGGGUGACGUGUUUGUUCAAUUGGAACAGUCGAGGCUCGAAGGUUUAUUGAAUGGAAAGAUAUCGAAAGAUAAAAAACGAAAUAUGGAAGAGAGACGCAACAUCUUACAAUCAUUUGCACAUAGAGAUGAACUUUAAUUUUGUGUUAUUGGUGCAAACAUACGAAACUAGUUGGACUCCAAUGUAACUUGCGAUUAUUCUGAGCUGUGAUAAAUCGGACGGAAGUCUUCAGACUAAUUAAACUCUGCAACUCUACUCUCCCCAUCAAUUCCCAAGAAAUUAUCUCAAACGACCUACUAACAGUCCCGUGGAAAUCGAAAAAUGAUUCAGUAUUCGUUGUGAGUGUAGAAGUGAAGCUAAUGAGAAAACAAGAGAGACAGAGAGAAAAACAUACGGUAAUUUUGCAAUUUUCAGCACGAUUUGACGAUUCAAUACAGUUGAGCAAACAUAUCAUGCAUUAUAAAAUUAUUAAGAUUGCAAUAAGUCAAGAUCGUUUUUCAGUUACAAUUUCUUCAUUUCGGAGAUAUUGAAAUAUGUAUUGAUGCAUCAAUUGUAAUCUUUAUUCGAUGUUAAAAACGAAAUGUAAGUAGAAUAUAUGUAGAUGGAGUAGAUAUUCACUCGGUCGAGUAAUUGAGUAAAUUAGGAUGCAGUAAACGAAAUAUAAACAUGAUGAAGAGCA